AAUUGGGGUUCUGGAUAAAAGGGGUUGACAUUGGGAAAAUAUUGGUUCUUUUGAGACUUGUGGUAUUCGGAUCCACAUCGGCAGCUGGGACAUGGUGGGAGGAGUAAUUUUAACGUCGCGCCUAGCGGUGAGCCUGGUCCUCCUGCUUUCUUCUUCUGGGGUGGUGCUUGGAGACGAUUGUCGCAUCACGCCAGUCCUCCACGUCCUCCAAACGCCUGGCUGCAGCCCCAUGACGAUCCCUUCAUUCGCAUGUGUGGGAAAGUGCACUUCCUACGUGCAGGUUUCCGGAUCUAAAAUGUGGCAAAUGGAACGUUCGUGCAUGUGCUGUCAAGAGUCAGGAGAACGGGAAGCCACGGUCACACUGUCCUGUCCUAAAGCUCCACCAGGGUCACCAAAAGUCCAAAAGAUUGUGACGAAGGCUCCAGUUGAUUGCAUGUGUCGUCCUUGUACCGCAGUUGACGAAGGGAGCAUUAUGCCUCAAGAAAUGGCCGGAUACAUGGACGCUAUGGACGUUGGACCACUCUCCAUUGUCCCCAUGCGUAUGCAAAUGAGUCUCUAAACUCCCCCUUGUAUUCUUCUUUAACGAGACAUAACUGCAAGAGUAUUUCAUGGAUGAGGGUAGCUUGGGUGCCAUAACAUUUUUGUUUAAUUUUCAAAGUCCAGUGUCAAUAGAUCUCCUCUUCUAAUUUGGAUAAAACAUAACACAAUUCUUACUGGAUAACAUGCAACGACAAAAAUUCGGAUGUGAGAUUAUUUACUUUUACCUUUAAUUGUUUCAUAAUGUUUUUCGGGGGGUGGGUAACACACAUGGUUUCUAUAAAUCUGUACUCUGUAAUACAACUUGAUAGUUCUAAUAAUCCUCUGAUCCUUACCUGCGCUACAUGCACAGAAUAAAGUGAUACAUUUCAUGGUCAAAAUAUUAUUAA